AUGCACCACUUCCGGAACGGCCGCGUCGUGACGCCUGAGGCCAUCCAGUGCGCCAGACCUGGCACUGAGGGGCCCAUGGGCUCCACGGACGUCGCCGGAGUGCUUGCAGCAGUGGGUGCCAACGGCGGCGGGUGCGUCCGCCUCUUCGUGGCGGGAGCGCUGACGCACGUUGGCAAGACGACCGUCUGUCUGGGCGUGCUGCAGGCGCUGCGCCGGGCGGGCCUCCGCGCCGAGGAGCUGGCGUACAUCAAGCCCGCCACGCAGUGCGAGGCCCCCGAUCUGCUGCAGAGGUGGUGCGAGGCAGAGGGCGUCGAGCACGUCGCUGGCGAGAAAGCACCCAUGAUCUUCUACCAGGGCUUCACCCGCUCGUUCCUAGUCGGGGAGCAGGGCACGAGCGCGCAGUGGCUGGCCAAGAUCUCCGCCAGCAUCGACGCGCUGGCCGAAGGGCGCCGGGUCGUCAUCUCGGGGGGAUUAGCCUGGCCAGGAUCGGUGAGGUGGUCAGUCGACGUCCCCCCGAUCAUUGUCGACGGCGUCGGCUUCCCGGCCGUCGGCUCCAUCGUCGGCGUUGACAACGCCGACGUCGCAAAGGCCGCCAGGGCGCCGGUGCUGCUCGUGUGCAAGUGCGGCGUCGGAGCGGCCAUAGACUCCUUCAGCCUGACCAGCUCCUACUUCCUGGCGAAGGGAGUGCCAGUGCUGGGCGCGGUCUUCAACCUCGGCGACACGGAAGGCAGCCGCGAGCGCUUCUACGGCGCCGUACCCAGGUCGGACGAGCUGGAUGGCCUGCGGGAGCGCAUCCCGGUGACGAGCGCGGAGGCGUUGACCGAGCUGGCGCCGGCGUCGCGAGAGGCCGUCGUCGCUGCGGCCAGCAAGCAGGGGGCCAUGGGCGGCGGCUGA